CGCUACUCAUUCAAUCCAAAGAAACAUCACCUGUGGCUAAUCGUUGUUUCUCCAUCCAUACCUCAAACCUUCCUCAUAUUCCAAAUUGGAGCUAAUCGAUUUUGCUGGGACUGCAUACGCCUGACCGACCAUGUCCCUCCCACGAACAGCAAAAGCUGUGCUUGCGCGCUCCAAACCCGUAGUACUAGGAAGACUCGCCCCAACCCCGACAACUCCCCCGCAAUGUCCACGAUGCUCACGAACGUUUUCGAGUCUUGCGCCAUACUUCGCUUCGUCUAGGCGGCAACUCCAGACUGCCAGUACGCACAGCACUCCGAGUCUACACCCUGAACCCCCACCGCGCAACUUUGGGGUGCCCGACAGUUCCAUAGCGGACCGCGAACCAGGAAUCAAUACUUCAACACCAUCCCGCACAGUCUCAGAACAACUUGACACAGCUACACAAAAGGAGCGCUCCAGUAUCAGCAUAUCGGAAGGCGAAGCGCAAAAGAGUCAGCCGGUCCAAGCCAGCAAACCGCUCAGGCCACGGAGGUACAACUUCGGCGCCCGGAAAGCGACUAUCAAGCUGUCACAGUCCGCUGUGACGCAUCUACGGGAUCUACUGAACCAGCCAGAGCCGAAGCUCAUACGGAUUGGCACAAGAGCAAAGGGAUGUUCAGGUCUGGCAUACCACCUCGAAUAUGUAGACAAGCCAUCCAUGCUGGACGAACAGGUGGAGCAAGAUGGCGUUAGAGUCCUGAUAGACAACAAAGCUUUGUUGAACAUUAUAGGAAGCGAGAUGGACUGGUUGGAAGAUAAACUCAACCAGCGCUUCGUUUUCAAGAAUCCCAACAUCACUGAACAGUGUGGUUGUGGAGAGUCUUUUAGCGUGUCAUAA